AUGUGGCUUUGGUUGUUAAUCGCUGCGGCCGCGCUACUAACGCCGGCACAUGGUGCUGGCGCAGGCGCCGCCCGCCUCGUCUGUUACGUGGAAAGCUCGCGCGCCACCGACGGUUUUUCCGAGUGCACCCAUCUCGUUUAUACUGGCGACGCGAGAGGAGACAAACUCGAUGGUUUGCUGAAGGACUACAAAAAAUACAACCCGAGACUAAAGGUUAUUUUGAGAAUCAGCGAGGUUGAUAAGGUUACUCAGAAGGCUUUAGAACCUGCAUAG